UUCAAAGGGAAUUCAACCAAAAAUGUGGAAAAUUGCAAAGGUUGGCAUUGUUGUAGGAUGUCGUACAAUGUAAAUGAGUUGAACCAAGCCAAAGUCACCGUCAUUCGUGCUGCACAGCAGGAAGCAUUCAUUGAGGAACUCGGAUGCAUCAGAGAUGGUAAGAACAUUUCAAAGGACAGUCCCCUCUUUACACUGAACCCCAUCAUAGACAAAGAUGGCCUUAUGAGGGUUGGAGGACGGAUCUCACACGCAGGUAUCGACUAUGAUGAAAGCAAUCCCAUCAUAAUCCCAAGAAGGCACCACAUUGCAACUUUGAUAAUGAGGUUUUACCAUGAACAAUCUCAACAUCAGGGUAGGCACAUUACUGAAGGUGCUAUACGUAUGGCAGGUUUUUGGAUUUUGGGAGCCAAAAGGAGCAUAUGUUCUCUUAUCUUUGGAUGCGUAGUUUGCCGAAGGCUACGAGGAAAGAGUGAAGUACAAAUGAUGUCUGAUUUACCGGUGGACAGGGUCAGUACUGAGCCCCCCUUUACCUAUGUAGGCACCGAUGUAUUCGGGCCUUGGACCAUCUCAGCCCGCCGCACUAGAGGUGGACAUGUGAAUAGCAAAAGAUGGGCGGUGCUGUUCACCUGUUUAACCAUCAGGGCUGUCCAUAUUGAAGUAGUGGAGUCUAUGGACACAUCUUCUUUCAUAAACGCUAUGAGACGCUUCAUUGCCAUUCGUGGUCCAAUCAAGCAGAUGCGAUCCGAUCGAGGGACCAAUUUUGUAGGGGCAUGCAGAGAACUGGACAUUCCUUCUAAUUUGGAUGAGGCAAAGGUGUCAAGGUUUCUUGCAGAACAAGGGUGCUCUUGGAUCUUCAAUCCACCCCACGCUUCGCACAUGGGUGGAGCAUGGGAGCGCAUGAUAGGUAUAACCCGAAAGAUCUUAGACUCCAUGAUGCUUCAGCUGGGACCGUCUAAAAUUACACAUGAAGUUUUCACAACAUUCUUGGCAGAGGUGACGGCGAUAAUAAACUCCAGACCGCUGAUUCCUGUAUCUGUGGAUCCCGAGGACCCCCUUAUACUCACUCCUGCAACAUUACUUACUCAGAAGUAUGGUUCUUUCCCUUGUCCUCCUGUCGAACUUGAUCAUACUGACCUCUACAGGCGACAGUGGAAACGAGUCCAAAACCUAGCUUCCACCUUUUGGGACAGGUGGCGGAAGCAGUAUCUCUCCACACUGCAACCUAGGAAAAGGUGGCAAUUCAAAAAUCAAGACAUCACAACGGGUAGUGUUGUCCUUAUGAAAGACAGUCAGUCUAAACGCAACCAGUGGCCUUUGGGGCACAUCACUAAAGUGUUGCCUAGUGGAGAUGGAAGGGUACGAAAGGUCGAAAUCAAAAUUGUCAAUAAGGGAGAACCAAAGGUUUUUGUCAGACCUGUAACUGAAGUGGUAAUGCUCAUUCCUUCCAACUAAUUCAGUGACUGGUUUACUCCUUUAAGCGUUUGGUUACAAUAAGUCGUGGUAUCUAGUGAUACCAGGCGGGGAGUGUGUUGUUAUGUGAUAUAAUUAAUGUGUGCUGGCUCCUUUAAGAGAUCGUCACGUAAUGAUGAUGUCAUCAGCGCCAGACUAGUUCGUCAGUUGUUUAUAGGAAGCCAUCAAGCCCUCAUUGCAGCUCUGCUAAUCGUAAUUCAUCUGCUACAUUUCAUGUUCUUUCGAAGGCAUUGUUGUUUUACCCUACUUCCAGUCAGCCAUUAAACGAAGUGAAUUGGAUGUCUGCUUCAGUGUGGUGAUUGGUAGAGGAGUUGUCUGUCUGUCAACUGGUGCAAGGCGUAUUAGGGUGACAG